ACUUCACCUUGUAAGCGCACCAAACUUUCUGGGUUGAUUUUUAUUUGAUUUUUUGAAUUGAACGUUUGUUGUGUUGUGUUUUUCACACAAGGCGCCCAAACGGCCAAAAGAAAAUAGCAUCUGUUUUUAAAGAAAAUCUUUACAAGAAAACACAGAUUUUCCUAAGAAAUACAAGACAAAAAACACUUAAAGAACAAAAAUGGAGUUGGACGAGCAAGAAACACCGCAAAAAUUGAAAACACAUAAAUUCAUAAUCAACUAUCAAGCGAACACACAACGACAAAUGUCAAUUUCUCCCUGCCAGUUAAAAAUGACGCCAAAAAAUUCCAAAUGUUUGAGAAAGUCUAUAAAUCCUAGAACCCCCAAAGCGCAAAGUGUAAGUUAUUCGGUGGCAGCUUGCAGUUCUUUGGUGGCUGCAAAUAAUUCAAAUUCUAUGCAUUCGAUAUCAAUGGCGGUGGUACAGACGCCACCGGCUAAACGUUAUCAAAGAGUGAAAAAUCCUUUUGAGGCAGCCUUAGCGGAAAGAUUACAUUUGCCUUUAAUAGCCAGUCCAUCCUUGUUCCAAAGACCAAAUACACCACAAAUGAGUUCUACCCAAUUUGAAUGGACUAUAGAUGAGGUGUCCAGUUUGAAACCGGCAAAUGUAGAACCUCAUGAGACUCAAUUUCAUGAUUCACCCAAUCCCGAGCUUGAGGCCAAGGCCCAAUCAGCUAUUAGUUCCUAUUUUAAAGAACAGCAAAUAGUACCCAGCCCUAUAGACUGUCCUCUACGAUCUCAUCGCAUAGUUUUGUCAGAAAUCAAUGGCAAUACACCUUUAUCCAAACCGGGACGCAGAAUACGUGAUUGUGCUGUCCAAACCGAACUGACAUUGCCGCCUAUUUUACCCCCUGCUUUGGAGGAAGCCCUGAAGCCUUAUUUCCAGCCUCAACUGGCAGGUGCAGAUAAAGAAUUAAAGAAAUCAAGCACCUCACGCUCUUGGCUUUCUAACAGCAGCGAGGUAAAGGAUACUUCUCUCAGGCGUAAACUUUUCGAUAUGCAUAAUAUAGUAGUAUUGGAAAGUGAAAACCAAGCUACACCCAAACAAAAACAACGUUCCAAACUUGCCAACUCUAGUACUCAAUCCAAUUCUAGUCCUAUAUCCUUGCAUUCCCUGCAACAUACUGCCAUAGUGGGCAAACUAUCCGACUCCUUAGACAAAAGCUCUUUUGGCUCUCUUUCUCCUAUAUCAGCAUCAGAUAGUUUGUCUCCCGAGUGUUUGACAGAAAGUGCCACAAAACGUAAAUCUAGAUUUGGCAAUUUCCUCAAAGAAUUUGAGGAAGUCGAGCUGCUAUCCCCCAUACAUCCACCAGUUAGAAGAAAACCUACGGGCGAGAGUAAUAGAUCUCAAUAUCGUACACAAAUAAGUGAAAUCUCUAAAAAUGAUUUAACCUGUAACACAACCUCCCAGGAAGGAGAUGAAAGUCAACGUUUUACACCCGAAAGAUCUUCUUCGCCCUUAAACGGCUUACAACAGGAUAAUAUAGCUGAAUUCUCUGCCGAUAGUUUUAAUAUUAAGGUCAGUCGUUUAAAGGUUAAUUGUUCAAAGUCUUCAAAUAACACGAAUAUAGAAAGAAAUAGUAAACUUUCAAUUAAAACAAACCUAUUGAACAAUGAGCCAGAUAUUUUUUCACAUGCGGAAGACACGGAGGAUAUAAUGGAAAAUACCGUGGAUAUGGAUGACAUGCAGGUCUCACAACUCUCCACGCACUCUUCCAAUUGUAGUUCUUCGCAAUCGGACACGCCUAGAGGCAAAAGACGUUCUGCAAGUCGCAAAAAUCUAUCACAAUCUUUCUCAGCCAAUUGGCUGCAAGAUGAGGAUGAACCUGAGCUGGAUACCUCACAGUCAUUGAAGAUUAAGGAAAUUUUAGCUAAAAAACAAUUUGUUAUGGCCACAAAACCCUUAGUUAACACAACCACCUCUGUCGGUUUUAAUGCUGUCGAUAGUAAACAAAAGACCGAGGAGACUAUAAGUAAAACACCCACCAAGAAAACUUUAAAUUUCUAUAGAACCGAUAGUGGUUUCAAUGAAAUGUCUUCACAAAGUUCUUUGUCAUCUUGUGAGGCGGCUCUUAAGUCUCUGCCGGAUAAUCAGCAAAUGGAAAUGCAGCCUCUACCGGAGAUUAUGGUAUGUUCUACGCCUUCAACCAGGGAGAAUUUUAAUUUUAUGGACUGAUGUUUACUGCCAAACUUAUUAUUUGAAUUUUUGAAAUUUUAGGGAAAUUUUUAAAAGCAAAUAAGAAAUUUUUUUGAGGUUAUGAACAAAAAUUUCAGGAAAUUUUAGAUAUUUUCUUGAAAAAAAAUGUACAAGAUCAGGGAUUUUUAAGUUAAGGGACACAGUUUUAGUUAUUUAUUGGUUAUAGCGAAAAAAUCAAGUUAUUUUUUUAGGUCCGGAAGAAAUAGUGGAAAUUUAUUGGAAAACUUGAAACAAUUUAAGGGGUUUGAAUUUUAAAUUUGUAAGUUUUCGUUAUGACGAAAGUUUUGAACAACUUUUAAUAAGAAAAUUUUUACAAAUAUGUCCGAAUUUGAAAAAUUAUUAAAUCCUCAAGCAAAAAGUCCUUAAUUUUUUUGU